ACGCCGUCAGUUCAUUCAGUUGCAUAAGCUCCAAUAGCGCGGUUCAUACGUCGUUCGUCCGAUAAACGGCUCAUGCAUAUGUAAACAAUGCAUCCGAUAAAUUCGAACCCCAGUGUAACCGUUGUUGAUAAAACUACGCAAAAUCGUCCAUCAUCUCCGCGACAAUUUUUCGAACGUCUCUACGGUCAUCUGGAAACUAAUGAAACUGUGUCCAAUAUAAAUCCAAGUGCCGCUGGUGAUGAUUCGUAUAAAUCAGCACAAAUCACAGCAACUAAUGAUAGUGAAAAGACUUGUGUGACCAACUUGAGUGCAACAAUAUGUGAUAGCACCUAUCAGAGCGAUGAGGGCAGUGUGUCUUCGCCAGAAAUCUCCAUAAACGACGAUGAGAGAUUGCCAAAUGGAUGUACCAUGUAUGAUCCGUACAGCGCGCAUGAUUAUAAUAAAGGUUGCUACAGUUCAGGGACAGCGUUGCCAAAUAUUCCAUUUGGAUUUCCGGGUGAACCCCACUUCACCGCCGGUUUUACGGCCUUUCUUGCUCGUCGCAGGCGGAAGGAGGGUCGUCAACGUCGACAACGCACCACAUUUAGCACUGAGCAGACGUUGCGUCUGGAAGUCGAGUUUCAUCGCAAUGAGUAUAUUUCGAGAAAUCGUCGCUUUGAAUUGGCGGAGACGUUGCGUUUAACCGAGACACAAAUCAAAAUUUGGUUUCAAAAUCGACGCGCGAAGGAUAAACGCAUUGAGAAGGCUCAAAUCGAUCAGCAAUAUAGAAAUUUUGUCGUGGCCAAUGGUUUUAUGACCACAAUCAUGGGACACACGGCGAGCUAUCCACCGCCCAUGCGAAUGAUAACGAAUCUUCAUCAGGGUUUUUACCAACAACAUGCGCCCAAUAACAAUGGCAUUUUACAACCAACACCAACAACACUAACUGGUCCAACACCACCAGCACCUUCCGCGCUGCCACCGCCACCAACGGCGUCGCAGCAACAAACACGCAAUUCGAUCGUGCAGCAUACGCGUACACUGGAUGGCAUAAACAACAACAACAAUGUCGCCACAAACACACCAUCGCUUGAUGCUAAUUUCUACACACAAACAACGGCACAUUCGGGACUAGAUCCACAGACGCGCACACCACAGCUAGCCGCUAAUCAGCUUGAACGCCUUGGUGGCCAUUAUGGCGAUUUGAGUGAACGCGCAUUUUACAAGGGCAUAAGCGGAAGCAGUGCCUCUAGUGGCUUAAGUUCGCUCAUAAAUACGUGUUAGCCAAUUGCAAUGGUAGUCAGUCAGCGCUGAUUUUGAUUUUUGGUUGCAUUUUAUUUGAAUGUUUUUAUCGUUGAAGUAGAAUUUCACGAUUUUUGUAUAUAUUCUAGCAUACUAGAAGCUUUGAAUUAAAUGCAUUAAUUAUAAUAAUAAAGAUUA